CUCUCGCUGAUUGAUGAUAUAAAUCGAUAUCCAUCAUUAUGGAAACAUAAGAUUAUUGGUGGUAGUGGUAGUGGAUCAACCAUGAGCGACCUUUUAUGGCAAUUCAAAUGGUGGCGAUAUAUUGUUUCGGUUACCAAAGGAAACCCCAAAGUGAUGACUGCAGUUUCUAUAAGUUGUAUAGGUACAUUUGUAGGUUUAGCUUGGUUAGCACAAACUAGUACAGAAAAGUUAAAGACGCCACUUACCGAACUAAAAGAAACCAGUAUAACUCCUAGAGAACGACAAAGAUAUGCUAAAGCAGGACAAGAAGCUUUCGCUUCGUUGGUUCUUUCUCAACUGGGACCUGAAAAGAUGUCCCCCGAACAUGUAGAAAAAGCAACCGUCCCUCUUCCUCCGAUUGCUUGGCAUCCCAAAGCCAUUCAAAGGGAAGAAAAUACAAAGUCUCAGUGACUCCAAACGGGAGGUUGUGAAUCUAGAGUUUCUGGGAAACGGCUUGUUGCACCCAUUUGUAUAAAGCUUCCUUGCGUUUUUGUCGCACUUGAAAUGUUGUGUUUUGUUGAUGGGAAGCAAUAUCAAAUAAGUGUUCAGCAAUGGGUUCCAACUGGCUUUCCAACGAGCUGCGAACACAAGUUAAUUGAAACUGCACUGCAUCUCUCUCCUGUUUCAAACGUGCCAGUUCAAGUUCCGUUUUUUCUUUGCACUGAUUAUACGUUUGUCUAGUUUUCCACAAGUUCCAGGCAAGACCUGCUGAUAAUAAGGCAAAAAACAACUCUGUUCUAUACAACACCUUUCUUUGCUUUCUUUGCAAUCUGCUUUGUUCUGUCAACAAUAUAUUGGCUUGAUGUACAGCGUUUUUUGCAGCACG